CUCGUGCUUAACAGAGUUUCCCUCUUUCCCCCCCUCUUUUUAUCCCCUCAAAUCAGGCAAAAAUUGAAGUCGGCUGUAACGGCCGGUGCCGUAAAGCGAGGCGCGGGCGGUGCGACAGUUGGGAAGGCCCUCUCGCUGGCGGCGAGCGAAGAUGGCGGCGGGGGAGGUGAAGUCGGUGCUGUUCGUGUGCCUGGGAAACAUUUGUCGCUCUCCAAUAGCUGAAGCAGUUUUUAGAAAACUUGUAACUGAUGAAAAACUUGAAAAUAAGUGGAUGACAGACAGUGCUGCUGUUUCAGACUGGAACGUGGGGCGCUCCCCAGAUGCAAGGGCUUUAAGCUGUCUAAGAGAUCAUGGCAUUGAGACAGCACAUAAAGCACGGCAGGUUACUAAGGAGGAUUUCCAGACCUUUGAUUAUAUACUUUGUAUGGAUGAGAGCAAUCUAAGAGAUCUGAAAAGGAAAGGCAACCAAGUUAAAGACUGCAAGGCCAAAAUUGAACUACUUGGAAGUUACGAUCCGCAGAAACAACUUAUCAUUGAAGAUCCAUACUAUGGAAAUGAAAAGGACUUUGAAACUGUUUACGAGCAGUGUGUUAGAUGCUGUAAAGCAUUUUUGGAGAAGCCUCAUUAAUGCUUCAUGAUUUUAUUUCUAAAAGAAAAUAAUUACCUUCUCCUGAAAUAUGUAAGGCUUACUUGAUUCAAGUAUUUAAAUUGUAAACUUACUCCUUAAUAGGUUCAAAACUUUUUCAGUUUAAUUUUAUGUUUUAGCUUUUCUGUCAUCUAAUUAAAAUAUAUAGAAAUCUAUUCUAUGGAUUAGAUGAUCAACCAUUUUGUCACACAUCCAUGUAAUAAUAAAGUACAUCAUUCAGAAUAAAUUUAUCUGUGAACUUUUCCAGUGCUUUCUCGCAAGCACUGCUAGAUGUAACAUCUUGCUGCUUUAUGUGCUACACUAACUAAACUGAGGUCUUCUCAUUGUGCACUUAGUGAGUUAACUUAAAUCAAUUUUCAGUGGGAGCCUGUGAGAGAAUAGUUCAUGUAUGAUAACUUGAGUGUGUCAUCCUGGUGUCGUUAGACAGCCUUUGGACUGAAGCUGUUUCCUGUUGAGCCUGCUGGGCUCCCUGACAGGCAUUGCUCUUAGUGCUAUUUCAAAGCUUAAACAAGCAAAACGUGUGUCAUCAGGAUCCUGAGAAAAUGUGUUUUUAUUUCACUUUAAAUGCUCAAUAAUUCAAAGAAGAAAUAUUUUUUUUCUAGUAGCUUUUUAUACUAAUUAAGAUGGACUUGAUUCAGAAAUAGGGAUUGAUGUUAGUAGGAUUUCUCUGGCUGGUCUUCCUGUGGUCUUGUGGUCAGUUCCUAGCAUACGGAUACAAGUCCCUGUAACACAGCACUUUGAGGACAAAACAGGUCAUCUUAAAAGCCUAAUUGUGAAACGUUCAUUUUGUAUCUCAUAGUAGUAACAUGCUCAAAUUCAUGCAAUAUAAUCAAUGCAAAAUUUGCUAUAAUCCCAGUUGCUGUGUGGAUUUCAGACAGUAUUUUUAGAUUUACUCAGGAGAAUGGAUGGCCUGUCAAAAGUGUUCUCUGAGAGGAUAGUUCAACCUGAAGUCAGUCCAUCUGUAAGACGAUACAAAGUUAACAGAAGGCCAGUGAAAGUUCUGCUCUUGGACAAAAAUUUAAUGCUUUGUAAAAUCCAUGCCUGUUUUUUCUGAACAUCCUUUCAUUUCUGCCUUAGGUGAUGUCAGUGGAAGUGAUACCAUGAUAAUUUUCCUAUUUUGAGUAAUACUGACAUUGGUAUGAGCUAGCAUUACCACAUUAUCUGUAAAAUCUCAUUUAUUUAGUCUUGGUUUUGCCUCUGCCUUCCAAACUAGUAGAGUAGUCCCUGUAUUUGUUACCCACUCUCCCUUCUGGGAGAGGGGUGCAUUUGGAUAGAGGAUCCCGUUUUUCCUAGGAAGGGAGGAAUCCUGGUGUGACUCUGUGUGUGCUGCAGGCUGCGCAACAGGAAUUAAGUCUCCUGGGACUCUUGUUGUAGGACAGCUGUGUUAGUGUUAGUGAGGUUUCUGGUUUGUGCUAAAUUUCAAGCAGACAUAAAACUUAAGAACCUGCUUACAAAAAGGCAAGUGGUAGAUGGAACACUUGAAUAGAGAAAUCAGGAUCUUUGUGCAUUAUUGCUUUACCAAUAGUUUUGACUUUUAAAGAACAAGCGGGGAAUUUGCAAGUUAAUGGCUGUUUCACUUCAGGGACAAAGAGUAACAAAUAUAAUAUUUCGGGUCAGAUCAAGCACUGAUUCUGGAAAAAAUUGUCUUCCAUUUCUUUUAUGAAUCCUUUGACAAAAUAAAUGAGGGAAAAUGAGGGGCAGUUAGGGACAAACCAUCUUAAAUGUGGUUUUAUGCACUAACCUCAGAAGUGUAAGUAUUUAGGCAUAAUCUAAUGUUAUUCUGUGCCAAAAUGACCAUUUAAAAUAUUGCAGUGGAAGUAAAAUAACUCAGAAGAUUGAGAAUGUGAUGGUUUGUGCUUUCUCAUUCAUGGCUGAGUAGGAAUUGAAUCCAUAGUUUCCUAUUUAUUAAAGUUAAGAUGUAAAAGUCUUAAAUCUUUAUCUUCGAGCUGCUGGGGUAACAGAAAGGAGAUAAAAGGGUAUGGUUGUUUACCUUGACUAGGCUUAGGAAUCUUCCUCGAAAGUGAUACUAAGUCAAAACUAUUUGUGUUAAAUUAAGUUCAGAUUUUAAGAGUUUUAAGAUUUAAAAGUUUCAGCCUUGAGGUACAUUUUCAGCAAGUAAUCUAUUGUCUAAAUAAUUAACCAGUUCUACUAGGAGGAAAAAGCAGAUUGAUUAAUUAACAGGUUUCUUUUGGAAGGAGGGAAAGGAGAGCACCAUGGUACUUUAAAAGAAUUUGUAGAAUAGAAGAAUACAGAACAGGAAUUGCCUUCAGGAAGGACCAUUGCAUGGUACCGUUCUUUGGGCUCCAAGAGAAACAGUGAACAUAGGAUUAAUACACAAGUCGUGUGUCAUACAGAUGACUAAGCUCUUAAAGGUUUAAAAUACCACCCAUGAAAAAUGGUAAUGUUGAAUGAAAAAAUACAGACCUGACUCCUCCUUCCCUCUCCCGUUCCACUGCUUGUUUUAGUUCAGGUAGUAAGCUUAUACAUAAGAUUAAAUUAAAAAAAAAAAACAAACUGC